AUGUCUCUAGCGUCUGGUCCUGGACGUGGCGGGAGCUUUAUUGAGCACUUACCACCGGAAUUGCGAUUGGUCAUCGACAAACAUGUUACAUAUGUUCAAAGCCUAGAUACCCGCAAAGACGAACUCGAAUACUGGUUAACGGAACACCUACGCCUUAGUGGACUUUACUGGGGCUUGACCGCUCUGCAUCUCCUGAGACGCCCGGACGCCCUCCCAAGAGAUGGCAUCCUGGAAUACGUCAUCUCAUGCCUGAGCGAUAGUGGAGGAUUUGGUGCUGCUCCGAACCAUGAUCCCCAUAUUCUUUAUACUGUUAGUGGUGUGCAAAUUCUAGCCAUGAUCGAUGGCUUUGAAGAGCUGGACCGCCGCGUCCAAGACAUUGCAAAUCUCCAAACGGACUCUGGCACCUUCACAGGCGAUGAAUGGGGUGAGACAGACACUAGGUUCCUGUAUGGAGCGCUCAAUGCCCUUUCUCUCCUUGGUCGCAUGGACCUCGUGGACGUAGACAAAGCUGUGAAACACAUCCAGCUCUGUGCUAACUUCGAUGGUGGCUAUGGUACUAGUCCUGGGGCCGAGUCUCAUGCUGGUCAGAUCUUCACCUGCGUAUCUGCACUGGCUAUCGCCGGUCGAUUGGACUUGGUAGACCGUGACAAGCUUGGAGAGUGGUUAUCAGAGCGUCAGCUCCCGAACGGUGGGCUCAAUGGGAGACCUGAAAAACAAGAAGACGUAUGCUAUAGCUGGUGGGUCCUGAGUAGUCUUGCUACCAUAGGCAGAUUACACUGGAUAGACCGCGACAAGCUUCGUGACUUCAUCUUGCAAUGUCAAGACUUUGAACUAGGCGGUAUAGCUGAUAGGCCUGGAGAUAUGGUAGACGUCUUUCACACCGUGUUCGGUAUCGCUGGACUAAGCUUGCUCGCCUACUCGAGAAGCCAUGAGUCCAAUGCACUGACACAUGAUAUGCCGACUUUGGCAGAGGUAGACCCUCAAUAG